AUGACCUUUGAAUCAAAUCUCGAGAACAAAGUGCCAGUUGGCACACAUCGAAAAUCGAAGGGGCGGCCAGACUACCCCGAAGAGUAUGUGGUGCGCACAAAGCCACAUGUGGACUCGAAAGUGCGGUCUUCCUCUAGCUCUGAGGUUGGGAUAACCGGCAUCAUGACACAAAGUUAUGAGAAAGCGCUGCUUCGUAAAAUCGACUGGCGACUCUUACCUGCUGUGGGCAUUCUAUAUCUGCUUUCGUUUUUAGACCGCAGCAAUGUCGGCAAUGCCCGUAUCGAGGGCUUGGCCGAGGACAUCGACAUGACGGGCAAUCAGUACUUGACGGGUCUCACCCUUUACUUUGUAGGAUAUGUCCUCUUUGAGGUCCCUUGUAACAUCAUUUUGAGGCGCACAACUCCCCGGCUUUGGCUACCAACUUUGACGAUCCUUUGGGGUAUCGUAGCUACUUUGAUGGGGCUUGUCGAGAACAUUGCGGGUUUCUUUGUCGCUCGCUUCUUCUUAGGUGUGACGGAAUCUGGCCUAUUUCCGGGCGUCGUCUACUACUUUUCGAUGUGGUAUAAGAGAAGGGAGAGGCAGUUCCGCAUUUCAUUGUUCUUUGGAGCUGCCGCCCUGGCAGGAUCGUUUGGUGGAAUUCUGGCAUAUGGUAUUGGGCACAUGGCCGGAGUGGUAUGGGAGAAUGGAUGGCGCUGGAUCUUUAUCUUGGAAGGCAUUGCUACGGUGAUAAUAGCUGUUGCUGCAUACUGGUUCAUUUAUAACUACCCUGACACGGCCGAGUUUCUCACCGAUGAGGAGCGCAAGUUCAUCCACAACCGCCUGACUGCUGAUAGCGAUGCAACUCACGAUGAGCGCUUUACCUGGGGCAAUGUAAUCAAGGCACUACGUGAUCCCAAGUGUUGGCUGUAUGGCAUGAGUUUCCAUACCACCAGCUUACCGCUGUAUACCUUCUCAUUGUUUUUGCCCACGAUUAUCAAGGAUCUUGGAUUCAAAGCAGCGAUUGCGCAACUUCUCACGGUCCCCCCGUAUGCUUUUGCGUUCCUGACAACGUUAGGGGUAGCAACAGUGUCGGAGAGGAUAGAAAAACGGGCAAUCCCGCUGAUCGCUUCAGCACUGUUUGCCAUCAUCGGGUACAUCAUUCUCUUGUCCAAUCCGGAUCCUGCGGGCAGACCUGGUAUCUCUUAUCUUGGGACAUUCUUCGCUGCUGGCGGGAUCUACCCAGCAACAGCGUUGGCUUUGUCAUGGCCGGCCAUCAAUGUCUCAGGGCAGACUAAGAGGGCGGUUGCCAAUGCAAUGCAAAUCAGCAUUGGGAACCUCGGCGCUGUUCUUGGGACACAGCUUUAUCGCGCUAAUGAUGGACCGCGUUAUAUUGUCGGCCAUAGUUUUGCCCUGGGUUAUCUGGUGGGAAAUAUCGUCGUCUCGUCAAUCCUUUACUCACUGCUGAAGAGUGAGAAUCAACGCCGUGAUCAGAUAGCUCCGGAGGUAAAAGAGGUGGGUGAGUUGGUAGACUGGCAGGGUGAUGAUGAUCCUCGCUGGAGAUUCAAAUUUUAA